CCGCUCCCCGGAGCAGACAUGGCGACACUAAGCGCGGUCCAGCCGCUCUCCCUGGACAGAGGUCUGGAUGGAUUUGGAGUUCAGAGCCUCUGGUCAUCUUCCCCUAUCAUUUCUUCCCCUCUGGGAGCAUGGACCAAAAAUCUUUAUGGGGAGCAGAAGAUGUUGCCAGAGCAAUUGAAUUACUGGAAAAACUACAAGAAUCUGGAGAAGUACCAGUGCACAAGCUACAGUCCCUCAAAAAAGUGCUUCAGAGUGAGUUUUGUACUGCUAUUCGAGAGGUGUAUCAGUACAUGCAUGAAACGAUAACUGUCAAUGGCUGUCCUGAAUUCCGAGCCAGGGCCACAGCAAAGGCAACAGUGGCAGCUUUCGCAGCUAGCGAAGGCCACUCCCACCCUCGAGUAGUGGAGCUGCCGAAGACAGAUGAAGGCCUUGGCUUUAACGUGAUGGGUGGCAAGGAGCAGAAUUCCCCCAUUUACAUUUCCCGCAUCAUCCCUGGAGGGGUGGCUGAAAGGCAUGGAGGCCUCAAGAGAGGAGACCAACUGCUGUCAGUGAACGGAGUGAGCGUGGAAGGAGAACACCACGAGAAAGCCGUGGAGCUGCUCAAGGCCACCAAGGACAGCGUCAAGCUGGUGGUCAGAUACACCCCCAAAGUCCUGGAGGAAAUGGAGGCCCGCUUUGAGAAGCUCCGGACAGCCCGACGCCGGCAGCAGCAACAGCAGCUGCUGAUUCAGCAGCAGCAGCAGCAGCAACAGCAGCAACAAGCACAGCAGAACCACAUGUCCUAGGUCUUUGAAGGAAAGCUACUUGAUUAACCAUCUGUGAAUCACAAAUUUGAAACCAUACUUCAUAAUCCCAGCACAUAGUAAAAGGGGAAAAAAUACUGAUAAUUAUACCUGUCAGAAGCUGUGAAUACGUGGUGUAUAAAUUCUUUACCAGUGCAACUCGACAACUUUUUCUGGGGGUUGGUCCCCUAUCCCUCAGUCACAGCAGAGUGAAUGCCCACUAUGGAAGGGGGGGGGGGGUUUCCUGUCUGCACACUGAAACCGUAGAAGAUCUGUGACUAUCAGAUCAGUCGCCAGGGUCAGGAGUAGGUUCAUCUUUGGUCUGUAGCUUUUACAGGGAUAACAAACCCCUCAUUAAGCUCCAGUUCAGCCUGCGUCAGUACAAGGUCCUGGUCACUUACAAGAAACCUACACACUGCUACUCACUCCGCCCUGUUCCAUGUCCACAUCUUGAAUUAUCUGUAUUAUAAUUCCAUUGAAUUGCAAAGGUGGUCUCUAUUCUCUGCUGGAAGACGCCAAGUCACUAUCCUGUAUUUAUACUCUCUUCGGGUUCUGGAAGCACUUGGCUUUGUAAUUUUCUGCAUCCACGAAUUUUAUCAUGCUUUCAUAGAGGGGGCAAUAUGGGCUCAACUUUUAGUCUGCUAAAAGCAAGGAUAGAAACCUCGAGUACUGUAUUUGUUUUUAAUUUAAGUAUUGCUUGUAUUUAUGACGAUCAAUUCUAACAGAGUGGCAUGUAUAUUUAUUCCACAAGAUAUAUAUUAUCAGAAUGUAUUUGGUACAAACGCAGGUCUUCACUUACCAUGCAUCAUGAAUCUGGUAAGAGAAUAUUGACAAAGGGCCUAGUUCCAGGAACUGAUCCUUGGAUGAUAUUUACACAGAACCCUGCUCUCAAUAGUUGUUUUUUUAAGUUAUAUAUUUUUAAUUGAUAAACUCUGGAGUUAUCCAAACUCUUUCCACCUAUUCUAGGUGAUGUCCUAGAGGUCUCUUUGGUCUUUUAAAGCUAAAGUCAUAGACAACAGAACUGUAAUUCUGGAACAUCUCCUAUCUGCCAUCAAAUAUAAGUGCCACACACACAGUUUGGACCAGUUUCCUCCCCAAAUAUAAAUGGGGUGUUUUUGGCAAUCUAAGAUCUAACACAUCACCCCUCUUACUGUGGGUCAUAUGGAAGGACGCCAGUGGUGCUGACCCUGUGAUUCCACAGGUGUGACUUCUUCUCAAGAGAAACGAGACCUACUUCUUUGUGCGUCAUCAUAGGCAGGUCACUUUCCAGGACUAUCAUCUUUUCAGAGAGCUUCCCUCUGGAGAAUAAUAGUACCCCCAACAGGUCCUAACUGUUGACUGAGUGGCACACUAGGCUUGUAGGUCUGGUUUAGUUACUAGGUAGCAAUGAUGCUUCUGGAUGUUGAACUAUCAUAAGCAUGUACAUUCACCUGAGGAAGGGUUACAUGUCUAGUGGAAACAUUCUAGGAUAGACCAUGAAAAUAGAGACAGAAAUGUGGACAUCUCCUUUUCUUAAAUGCAGAUGUUGAAUCACUAAAAUACAUUAACUUUCACUUUUUUUUUUUUUUUUUUUUGCCUCCAAGGUUAUCGCUGGGACUCGGUGCCUGCACUAUGAAUCCACAGUUCCUGGAGGUCAUCUUUCCCAUUUUAGUGAAUAGCACAGUGAAAAUUUUGAGAGAGGUGGGGGAGGGAGAGAAGGAGAAAGACACCUGCAGACCUGUUUCACUGCUCAUGAAGCUUUCCCCCGCAGGUGGGGAGCAUGGGGCUCGAAUCCAGAUCCUUGUACUAUGUACACUUAACUGGGUGUACCACCACCCGGCCCCCCUGAUAACUUACACAUUUCAGUUAGUCUCCUACCUGUGUAGCUCAGUUUAGGGGCAGUCUUCUAAGAAAUAAAAUAUAGCCAGUGGGAAUGAACAGGCCCAUCUGGUCUUACUGUGUUGGGUAAGAUUCCGUCUAUACCAAGUUCUGCUUCCUCUUCACAGUCACUCCACAGAAGACAGACAGUAAGCAAGCAUGGAGACACACCAGUUUCAACAUAGCCACAUCCUAGAAAACAUAGCUUUUUUUUUUUUUACUAGUGAGAACUGAGGGGGAGUGGAGGGGAGGGUGGGAGGACUUUGAAUGUUAUAUAAACUAGAUUUUACAAAAGACAAACUUAAAGGGAAUGAAUGGAGACUACAUCGUAGAAUUCAGUUCGCAAAAAAAAAAAAAGCUCUCAUUUUUAUAAGAGAUAAAUAAUAAAACAUAUAUUUUAGUUAUCAUUUAACAAAGAAAUAUUAAAGCUCUUCAGGUGAUGCCACAGAUUCUCAUAAGAGGAAGUCAUUGCAACCUUGUGAUGGGAAACUGGUCAUUUUCAAUACAUUUUGAUGCAUUGUAUAAAUUUGGAGCUGGAGGUAUAUUUUCAUGUACUUGCAUUUGAUUAAUCUUAUCCAGUGUUCACAUGCAUAUAAACUGUCAAGGUCUCUAAGAACACAACUGUCUAGUGAGUAGAUACUUUGCAAUUGUGUUUUCUGGAAGUCUUCAUAUUUAUGCUUCAUUUGCAUAGCGUUAAAUGCUAAUAAGUGUCUUCCACAUUGGUUUUUUAAAAAUAUUUUUAUUAUAUUUAUUUAUUGCAUAGAAACGAUGAGAAAUUGAGAGGGGAAGGGAAGGUAGAGAGGGAGGGAGACAGAGAGAUACCUGCAGCCCUGCUUCACCACUUGUGAAACUUUCCUGCUGCAGGUGGGGACUGGGGGCUUGAACUUGGGUCCUUGUGCAUUGUAACAUGUGUACUCAAUGAGUUAUGCCACCACCCGGCCCCUGACAUGUUGUUUUUCAAAGAAGAAGGACAAAUCCAUCACUACCAAGGUAUCUAAGGACAGAUUACAUGCCAGGGUCAAAUGAAGGUUUUCCUUAAAGGAAACUCUCAGCAGAAUGUAAGCCUUUCCCUAAAGUUUCCAUCCAAAGUAACCUUCCAGAGAGCUUGGAGAAAAGCUCCUUGUGAUUGGCAGCCAUACUUUUCGAAACUCUUGCCCACUGGUUUUAAAAGCAAAUCCAAGGAGUACAGUUCAGUAAAAGCAUAGCCAAAGCUUUUCACUGGGCCAUUCACAUGUUGAUUCUUUGCCAUGGGGAGUAGAGAGCAUCCUCACAGAGAUGAUGAGCUUAAAUUACCACGGACUCUGGAAAGAAGAACAGAUGUUUUGUGCUUCCUCCCUAAUGGAAUCACUGGGGAUUCUCUGAACUGCCACUGUCUUUGAAGACAAGAACACUUAAAUGGAAAAUCUAGCAUUCUGGGGCUUCUGUUUCAGCAUGCAAGGCCCAUCUCUGAAGAACUUGGCUCCAUAUGAAAUGUACCAAUUUAGAGUUGUGGUUCUGGACCAUGGCAACGCAGACUUACACUCAACUGUGCCUGUGGGACUCUUGGAUGCUGGAAUAUUUCAUCUACAUUAUUUUAAACAUCUAUAGAUAUUUGUGGAGGUAUGAACAAUUCCCCAGUUUCUUUUCUUUUAGCUAGUUUGUCUUUAGCAUACAGACACAGCUGGUUAGUAAGACUUGUAGUGACAGCUUGAAGUAGCAGUUGGUGCUCUAGAGACUCAAGCAAACCACCCUGAGGCUAGAUCCCCCGAAACAGGCUAGUCCUGCUCAUCUCCUCUCCCCUCCCUUCAUAAACUUUCAUAAGAGAAAGGCCUGUGGUUGUCCUAUGGACCAUUCUGGAAAUGUACUGGAGAAUUAUGGGCCGAGUUUAUCCCACGUGUUUAAGGUUUCCUCACAUAAUAUCCCAACAGAGAAUUGAGGAGAAAGAGUGAUUUCUCAGGAAUUUUCAACUUUAUUCAGGAAAAUUGAGAACCUUCACGUUAGACAUUACCUGGACUAAGAGAGAGCAUGCCAGGGCCUUAGAGCCCCUACUCACCUGCUGGCAGACUCACCUAGGCAUCGAGAGCCAGGCCACGGCCACAGGUGGAGCUUAUAAACACCCCAGCCCUGCCUUCACCUCUGUUCUUUCUAAGCCACACCCACACCUGUCACCACUCCCAUUUCCUGUCAGCAAUUUCCUUCCCCCAGGCACAUAGGUGUCCACCUGUGUUCCCCCAGGUAUUUCCUGUCAUGUCUCACCUCCACAGUCAGGUUCAGCACAAUGUAGGUGCUGAGUAUUUGCUGAAUGAAUGAACGACUGAAUGGGAGACAAGUACAAGGCUCCUGAUACUUUAUAAUUCCAACAUAUCAUCUUAUACUGAUUGGCACUGUACUUUUUCUUUCCUUGAUAGGACCAGGGCCUCACACAUAGACACCUCAGCACUGAAAUUCCCUCUAUUCCUAUAGCACCACACCAUGGGCUGGGAUUUGAACCUGGGUCCAGGCACCCAGCCAGUGAGCUGUCACUUCAGGGCCUAUAAGUACAUUUCUGAUUCAUUUUUAAUUUGGAAGCAGUUACUUAAAAGGCUUCUCGAGAUUGAGGGAAUAUGUUUUUGUUUGGUUGACUUUUGGUUUGUUUGUUUAUUUUUAUCAGUGUCAGGGUUUCGCCACUCCAGGCUGACUUUUUCAAAUGGAAACAGAGAAACAAAGGAGCAAGGGAAAAAUGCCACAGGAGCGAAGUCCCCUUGACUGCAGAAGUGUCCUGGAUGGAACACAGGACAAAACAGACAUGCUGUCUAAGUAAGCUAUCUUGCCCAGCUUGGGGACCUUCAGGAAGAAAUAGCACUUGCAAACUCAGAUUUUUUAAAAUAAACAUUUUUCUUUUUUUAUUUUAUUUAUUCAUUAUUGGAUAGAGACAGAGAAAUUGAGAGGGAAAGAGAGAGACACCUGCAGUCUUACUUCCCCACUCAUGAAGCUUUCCCCCUGCAAGUGGGGACCAGAGUCUUGAACCUAUGUCCUUGUACACUAUAAUGUAUGUACUUAACUAGGUAGGUCACCACCUGAGCCCUGAAUUCAGUUUUUCCUCCUUUUUUAAUUUUUUUUUCUUACUUAGGGGACCAGAGGCAUGAAGCAGGUCAUUGCGUCUGGUGAUAUAUGUUGGUGCCCCACAGCCCACAGUGUUUCAAUGAAUAAAACUCAACUGUAUUUAGUCUGGAGCUUAUUUUGUUGUUGAUAAGUUUGUAUAGGAGGGGUCUCUCUGAGUUGUUUGACAAUAGUAAUCCAAACACAGUACUAUGGAACUCAGUUUAUAGCUUAUUAAAGAUUUUUUUAAAGGAAAAGUCAUACAUCAAACAUUGUAUUGAAAUACCCUUCAAAAGUUUUAACAGUUUUAAGGAAUUCAUAAUAAUCAAAGACACUAUCCCUAAAUUAUCUACUGCUUCCUAAAGAUCACUUCUAUUUUUUAAGAUGACUGUAGCUUAUUUCCUCUCAUAAAAAUAAUUUUUACCAUGAUCAUUUUGACAAACCUUGUUCCCCAUGCUCGUAAGAAUAAUCUGCAGUUGGCAUGACUCCUUUCACAUUUGGACUCUCGGAUACAGUGAACUAAAGAGUAAGCACAUAGCUGGGCCAGGUAGUGUUCAGGGUUAAGCACACACAUUACAAUGUUCAAGGGCCUGGGUUCAAGCCCCCCGGUCCCCACCUGCAGGGGAAAAACUGCACAACUGGUGAAGCAGGACUGCAGGUGUCUUUGUUUCAUUCUCUCUAUAUCUCUCCCCUCUCAAUUUCUCUCUGUCUCAAAUAAUAAACAAGUUUUUUAAAAAGGAUUUAAAGAAAAAUAUACUUGAACUAAAUAUUAAGCACAUAGCUAUUAAAAUCUUUCCUUCCGUUCAUUCUUCUAACAAAUACUCAUUGUGCACCUAGGAGGUGCUAGGUUCUGGAAAACAGUGGCAGACAGACAUAGUCCCCUUCUGGAGUUUCCUCUAAGACCCAGUUUACCAUCCACUUUAGCAAUAACCAGAGUUUACCACCCCUGUGUCCUUCACACUUGAUGGAAGGAACGGACUCUCUGUCCCCAGGGAAAUCAGGCAAGACUCCCUCCCUGCACUGAUUUAUGUCAAACAUGCCUUUCUAAAUGCAUUGCUCAGGCAUGUCCCACCUUUCUCCAGAGGCCAGUAAGGCAGCUAGGAUGGAUAAUUAAGAUGCAUUUAGCUCUUACAAGAGUCCAUUGUGCUCAAAGAUAUCACUCAGCAACCCACUGAAGAAUGUGUCAAAUCCAGUCAACAGUUGGACAAAGGUAGUUAACAGGCAAGGAAACUAAAGCACAGAGAAGUGAUUCCCCCGCCCCCCUGGUUCAUAUAUACUAACAGAUGGGAAUGGGGUUUAAGUCCUUGAAGAGUAAAACAAGAGUUAAUGAGUUAUCCAUUGGCUUGGGUGGCACCGUCCAUAAGUAAAACAAAGAUAUCAUUCAACUAAAAGAGACACUGAAUAUAAAGUACUUUGAAAUCUUAUAUAAGAACAAGCUCUCAGUGAUGUAUUGGAGUCGACACAAAUGGUAGAAGCAAGUCUGUGGAAUGCAAUGUCAUGGCGUCAAGAGGACCACUCUCCAGGAGCACGGGAAGGGUGCAGCUGCAGAGGAUGCCUGGCACAUGAUCCAUAGAACGAUGGCUUUCAGAGUGGUUAGCCACUGUGUCUAUUUGGUGCUACAAAGAAAAAAAAAAAUCCCUGAAAGGAACAAAAACCCUUGCUCUAUAAGGGCUUCUAUAACAAAUACACAGUGUGGAGAUGAACCAGUGGUGUUUGACAUUUUCAGGGAAGGAUGGGCAGCUGUACGCUUUUCUCACCAUUGCAUGUGAUAAAUGUCUUUCUGGUUGUUUGUUUUCUUCCUUAUGUUUUCUGAAAGCUGCAAAAUUGUGCAGCGGUUCAACAGAACCAAAGUGGUAUGUGUUAUGCUGCUGGGAAGUAAAAGUAUCAUACACCA